AUGAAGGCUGUCUUGUGUGUUCUUGUAUCCAUUGGCCUUCUAAAUUGUAUAAGGGCCGAUGAUGAUGGUAGAUAUCACCCAGAACUGUAUGGAGAUAAAUCGGUCACAUACAAUCCGAUAAACAAUGGAAGGUACGACUACAGACAGAGGAAUAACUUUGGAAGGAGUGGCUUGUACUAUCCCAAUCAUGCCUACCAGCCAUUGUAUUCGCUAAAACCGUAUCAACAACUCUCUGCUCCAUUAGAAACAUACAACAAAGUUGCCAGCACCAUAUCUAGUUCGACAGCACUUCCGCCAGUCGUCCGGGUUACCACCGUUCAACCACCAAAUUACGUGUAUGCCAAACAUUAUGGUAAUGAAGGCUAUGCUAGAAUUAUUGAACAAGACAAUGAUGUAAAUGAUAACAGUUACCAAUAUAAAUACAAGACCGAAAAUGGGAUAAGUGCUGGUGAGUCCGGAAUUGUUGACCCUUCGGGUGCAGUGGGUGGAACUCGAGUGUCUGGAUUUUAUGAAUAUAUUGGAGCUGAUGGCCUUACAUACAGGGUAGACUAUACUGCAGAUGAAAAUGGCUUCCAUCCGACUGGGGCUCACUUGCCUAAGCUCUGAACUUUCGAAUAAAACGACUAUAGUUAGGAAAUUAUCAUUGAGAAAUAAAUACCACAU